UUUUUUCUUGUGGAAAACAGACAGGGAUCAAGUGUGAUCGGCUUUGCAACCGGAAAGACCCUCUGCUCGCCCCCACUGGCCGCCUCAUACUUUUGACAGUCAGUCUGCGCCGUCUGUUCUACAGCAGGGGAUCAUUUCACGUCUUUGUUAGGCUUUAGUCUUCACAGGGUACUCUCCACUGCGCAACCGCCUUCUUCUAAACCCUCUUUGUAAGUUGAAAGUUUUUAAAGAUGAGCUGCACAAUGAACAGCUGUUUGGUCGCUCUGGCGAUCCUGUUUCUGUGGCGCGUUGAAGAAAUGGCAGAAGCCUGCAGCUGCUCCCCUGCGCAUCCUCAACAGGCAUUCUGCAACUCAGACGUCGUUAUUAGGGCAAAGGUUGUUGGAAUGCAAGAAGUUGAGAGCGGCAACGACGUCUAUGGGAAUCCCAUCAAACGUAUCCGGUUUGAUGUCAAACAGAUCAAGAUGUUCAAGGGUCCCACUCAGGAUAUCGAUGCCAUCUACACUGCACCAACUUCAGCAGUGUGUGGAGUGACCCUGGACACUAACGGAAAGAAGGAGUACCUCAUUACUGGUAAACUGGAGACAGAUGGGACGAUGCACAUCACCUUGUGUGACUUCAUUGAGCAGUGGGAGGCCCUGAGCGCCAUGCAGAAGAAGAGCCUGACUCAACGCUAUGAGACCGGCUGUGACUGCAGGAUCAUCCGUUGCACCUCCAUCCCCUGCAUGAUCAACAGCCCGACGGAGUGCCUUUGGACAGACUGGGUGAUUGAGAAGACGGUGAACGGGGAGCAAGCCAAGCAUUUCGCUUGCAUCAAAAGGAGCGAUGAUUCGUGCGCCUGGUACAGAGGCAGCGUGCCACCCAGAAAGGAUUUCCUGGACAUUGAAGAUCCAUAACUCCUCUUUUAUGGAACAAUCUGAAGAUGGUUGCAGUUUAAAUGUUCCAACACACAUUCACAUACACCCCUACACACACACACACACACACACAAAUAAAAAAAAAAAUCCUUGUAGACUUUUUUUUAUUAUUAAUUGUUGUGUGGGAGCUCUGGAAAGAGGAAAGCUAUUAAUUACUUCAGGUUGCAUGUUAUGAAAAACUCUGCACCUUUCCCCACUUCAACCUUUUUUUGAAGCACUUCCUCAUCAACCACUUAUUCUCCAGCAGAAAUAACCUGUUUAGUUUACCGUUUUAUAGUAUUUAUCCUCAUGUGCUUCUCAUCUGUAAUGAAUUAAUUUUGCUUUAUUUAAAGUGGGAUGGAAAUGUUUAAUGCAGCAUUCAGAAACUUGAAAUUUUCUCACGGCGUUCCAAGUUUAUAGUGCCUCUCAACCCCCUGCCCACCUGUUGGAACAGAGUAAAAAUGCACUUUGAGAACCGUUUUGUUUUUACAAACACUUUCAAUGGGCAAGUGACACAUUUAUUCAAACUUUCUAGAAAAAGAAGCGCACAUUCUGAUCAUACUUUUGGCAAGUAAUGCCACUGAUAAAAAUAUGGAAAAACAAAUGUGUUAGUUUAAUAUACAGAUUUUGUAUUAAAAAAGACAAAUGAGAUCAGUGUUAAAUGUCUGACUAAACCUUUAGGGUUGUUGCAUAUUGAGGUUUUGUAACCAAUCAUUUUUCUUGCAUACAUGCUGAAAAUAGUUGUCACUUGACUUUAAUAUAAAAUUGUAUAAUUUUUUUCUGUGUUUUGCAAUGUGAUAUCUUGUGCUGGUUUCACAUGGGAUUUUGGAGGCAAAAUAAUUUUGCAUGCAUGUCCAGCUCAGAUUGUUUUUGUACAUUUGGCUAUUAAAAUGUAAAUGCUGUGUUAA